AUGAAGCAAAACUUGACUCUAUUCAUUUCGCGGGUCAGCUUUUGCUUUAUACAAGGUUUUUUCGCUUUUUGUCUGCUGUUUUUUUCUGGGUAAGCUGUAUUCCCGCCAACAAAAAUAAUAUACCUUUUAUGUCCAGGUUUGACAGUUCUCCUGAAAGUGUAGCCUCUCCCGAGCCGAUCCUAGAAGAUGCAAGCCCCGAAGUGUCAUUCGAAGAUGAAGAAAUGGAUGUAGAAGAUGAAUAUCCGAAAAUACGACAAAAACAUUUUGAAGAUUUGACAGAAGAAGAUAAAACACAGGUAAAUCAAUAGGAAAAAUUGAGUUUGAAGUAGAAAAUGGCAAGAACUUUCUUUACAAACUGAAAAAUUGAUAAUAAUGUUUAUUCUUUCAGUUAUCCAACGACGACCUAAAACAAAUGGAAAACGACUAUCAAACGCGUCUAAUAUCAUCCCUACCGGUAUAUUAUCCAGGCAUUCGAGGUUGUCGAAGUGUGAACGAGUUCAAGAUCCUGAACAAGAUCAGCGAAGGCACGUAUGGUGUAGUAUACAGGGCGCGAGAGCUGAGGACGGACGAAGUUGUGGCAUUGAAAGGACUAAAAAUGGAAAAGGAAAAAGAAGGAUUUCCUAUAACAUCGUUGAGAGAGAUCAACAUGUUGAUGAAGUGCCGAAAUCAUGAGAAUAUUGUUGGUUUGAGGGUAAGAAACCAUAUUUUUUAUUGGUUUUUAGGUAAAAAUCAGCGAUUUCUGUUGGUAUAUAGGUAACAAUCUUCGUUUUUUGUUCAUUUUUAGGUGGUUUGAGGAUUUUAGGUAACAUUUUUGAAUUUUAGGUAAGGUUUCUGUAUUUUAGUUAACAUUUUUGGAGUUUAGGUAGCAUUUUUGAAGUUCAGGUAACAUUUUUUAUUUUAGAUAUUACUUUUGUGAUUUAGGUAACACUUUUGAAUUUCAGCUAUCAAUUUUAAAUUUUAGGUAAUAAUUUUGAAAUUUUCAGGAAAUUGUUGUCGGCGACACGAUGGACAGUAUAUUUUUGGUAAUGGAAUUCGUGGAGCACGACGUCAAAGCACUAAUGGAACAAUUACAAGCCAAAAAGAAGAAUUUUACUCUGCCACAGGUCAAAAAGCUCAUGAUACAAUUGUUAGACGGGAUAGCGUACAUGCACUCGGAAUGGGUAAUACACAGGGAUUUGAAGACGUCUAAUUUGUUAUUGUCACAUGGGAAUGUGCUAAAGGUAAGGUGUUUUUGUUUUAAAUGUUUUUGGGGGUGGAAGCUGGGUUUUUUUUGUUUUUUGAGCUUUGGAAAGAAAGUUAUUGCAUUUUUAGGUUUUGUGAAGAAAGUUUUUGCCAUUUUAUCUAGCCAUUUCUUGUUCUGUAAUUAAAGUUUUUGCCAUUCUUUGUUUUGUAAAUAAAAUUCUUUCAGAUAGGUGACUUUGGGUUAGCCCGAGAGUACGGCGACCCCCUAAAGCCCUACACCGGCCUGGUGGUAACGUUAUGGUACCGUGCACCCGAACUCCUCCUCGGCACCAAGUACUACAGUACGGAGGUGGACGUGUGGUCGGUGGGUUGUAUCUUUGGCGAGUUCCUCACGCUUCGACCAAUGUUCCCCGGCCAUUCGGAGACGGAUCAGCUCAAGAAGAUCUUCGCCGACACUGGAGCCCCAAACGAGACAGUAUGGCCAGGAUACAGCGCACUGCCACAUGCUCAGCACGAAUGGCCCGAGCAUAAGUUUAAUCAGCUAAAGUCGAAAUACCUGAAGGAUUUGGACAGUGUGGCUGGUGUGGACUUGAUGAAUCGGUAAGAAUUUGUUUUGAGGGAGGGGUAGGCUUUUUAAGGUAGGGUAGGGUAGCCAUUUAAAAGUAGGGUAGUUUUUUAGGACUGCUGGGGUCGAGUUUGAAGAGCGCGUUAGAUUUUUAAAGGCAGGGUUGAUUUUAUGGUUAUGGGGGUUGCUUUUGAAGGCAGGAUAGACUUUUAUGUUUUGUAAAGAAAGUUUUUGCCAUUUUUUGUUUUGUCAAGAAAGUUCUUGCUAAUAUUAAGUUUUUUUCAGGCUUCUAACCCUCUGCCCAGAAAGUCGAAUAACCGCGGAGGCGGCGCUAAAACACGAGUUCUUCACCGAAGACCCAGCCCCCGCCUCGUUGGACACGUUCCCCUCAUGGCCAGCCAAAUCCGAAGGCCAUAAAGCCCCACCCAAAAAGCCCACCAUCGUCGAAACCCUACCCGCCAAGCCCAUCGACCCGUACCAACGCAAACUCCUCAACGAGUUCAAGGUGGACGCGAAGGCGGUCAAAGCAUUCUCCCUUAAGUUCUAA